AGAAGAAGAGCUGCUGCGUCUUCGUCUACUGGGUGAGAUCAUAGGUGAUGAAGAUGAAUAUGAACAAAGCCUGCGAUCUGAAAUCUAUUUCUGUCUUUCCUCCUAAUUUAAGGAGAUCAGCUGAACCACAAGCAUCUCAGCAGCUUCGAUCUCAACAGUCACAGCAGUCCUUCUCUCAGGGACCUUCUUCGUCUCAGCGUGGUGGUGGUGGCUUUUCUCAGAUGACUCAGAGUUCUAUCGAAGAUCUCCUCAUUAACGAUCAGAGGUUUAGUUCUCAGGAAAGAGAUCCCUCUUUGAAGAAGGUUAGUUGCUUACCUCCAAUCAAUCAUAAACGAGAAGAUAGUCAGUUGGUCGCAUCUAGAUCUUCCAGCGGUCUCACGAGAAGAUGGAGUUCUGCUUCACUUGGAGAGUCUAAAUUAGCUCAGAUCAGUGAAGAGCUUGAGCAGCGGUUUGGGAUGAUGGAAACUUCUUUGAGCAGGUUUGGAAUGAUGUUGGAUUCAAUUCAGAGUGACAUCAUGCAAGCCAACAGAGGAACUAAACAAGUAUUUCUUGAAACUGAACGCAUACAGCAAAAGUUGAUUCUCCAAGACACUUCACUUCAGCAGCUGAUAAAGGAACAAGCCGAUUCUAAAGCUAGUCUUGAUGGAGGUGUUAAAUCUAUAUUGGAGGAAUUCAGCAAAGAUCCCAAUCAGGAGAAGCUACAGAAAAUCUUACUGAUGCUAACAACUAUCCCAGAGCAAGUAGAAACCGCUCUGCAGAAAAUACAAAGGGAAAUCUGUCACACGUUCACCAGAGAGAUUCAGGUCUUGGCUAGCUUGAAGACACCUGAACCCUUGGUUCAGGUUCCAACAGCACCACAAGUGAAGGCUAAGGAAAACCUGCCUGAGCAGCGUGGUCAAGCAGCCAAGGUUUUUACUAACUUGAAGAUGCCUGAGCCAAGAGUUCAGGUUCCAGCAGCACCCCAAGCUAAGGAAACAUUGCCUGAGCAGCGCGGUACAGCAGCCAAGAGCAAUUCCCUUUGUAAUACUACACUGAGAACUAAACAACCGCAGCUUCCAAGAAAUCCAAAUAACGCAUCAGCCAGAGCUGUAAAACCAUAUUUAUCCCCAAAGAUACAAGUGGGAUGUUGGAAGACGGUGAAGCCAGAAAAAAGCAAUUUCAAGAAAAGAGCAACAAGAAAGCCAGUGAAAUCCGAAAGCACGCGUACGCAGUUUGAGCAAUGUAGUGUUGUGAUAGACUCCGAUGAAGAAGAUAUUGAUGGAGGUUUUUCAUGCCUGAUCAACGAGAACACCAAAGGAGCUAACUUCGAAUGGGACGCAGAGAAGGAAACUGAAAGGAUUCUGAGGACAGCGAGGAGGACAAAGAGGAAAACUCGUUGGUCAGUUAGUAUAUCUGAAAUGUCGAUCGAAAACCAUGUCGAAGAAAAGCUUCGCUCAAAUAGACAAGAGAGAGAUCAGUUAGGCUGGAUAUCUGUUUUUUUCAGAAGGAAGAAGAGAUCACCACAAGAAGUUGAUAAUGAACAUAACUCAUCUGAAGAUUCUCUUUUGAUGGGAAGAAACAAAGCCAAGAAUUUGCAUUUGUUCCUCUCUGAGAUCAUGAGAAAACUGAAACAUGCAAUCAGAAAGGAGAAACCGGACAAGAGAUUGUUAGGGAAGAAGAAAAGCUUUGAGAAGAGUUUGUCAACUAAAGAUCAUUUCUUUCUCGAGCGCAUGACUUCAAUAUCUCAAAAGAGAUUUCAUCAAGAACACUAUGGGUCUAAGAUGUCAAAGAAUGGAGAUUAUGAUCCAAACAUGGCAACGAGCAAACAGGUUCAAAGAAAUCAAGAAAGGAUUGUAUGGCUUCCCGAGUAUUCGUCUCCUUUUAGCAGCCCGGGAAGAAUAUGGAAACAGAAUUCAAAAACCGUGCUUUCGAGAUCUUCUUCAGACGAUUUCACGAAGUCUGAAACAAUUGCAGAUGAUUCAAUAACUAUGAAAGAGAUAGGAACUGCUACAUCAAGUGAAGGUAGUAGUAGCCCUCUUGUAUCCAAAAACAACCAGAUUGUUGAUGAGAUGUCAAAAGUUGCAGCUUAUGGUGCAGAGAAUGAAGGUGAAGCAAAGAUACAACCUUUGAGUAACCAAUUGCAAGAAAAGAAUCGUCCUAUGGAUGACAAAGAAACAGUGUUUAAGUACGUAAAAGCGGUGUUGGAUGCAAUAGACUCAAACUGGGAAGAGCUGUAUCUGAAAACAGAAUUCUCUGACCAGCUUCUAUAUCCGGCAUUGAUCAGCAACAUACCAUUCUAUCCAAAUCAGCUUUGUGUUGAACAUGAGCUCCUCUUCGACUGCAUCAAUGAAGUUCUCUUCGAAUUCUGCAGGUUUCCUCAAUGGAUUCCCUUUGUUGAAACCAGAACCCAAGUCUUUUCAUUUAGUGUUGAAAGCAUUGUUCCCGAGGUUCAAGAAAAGGUUUAUUGUCAUCUCUUGCCAAUGCAAGUCCGUCGAUCGUUGGAACAAAGAGUUAGAGAAGACAUGGCUAAACACAGGAGCUGGAUAGACAUUAGAUGUGACCUUGAGUGCAUUGGCUUUGAGACUAGCGAAUUGAUUCUGAAUGAACUAUUGGAACAACUCAUGCUUGAGCUUGACCUAUGAAGAAAAGAAUAUGAUUACAAAUGGUGAAAUUGCAUUAAGAUAUGUAAAGUUACAGAGAUAUUAAAAAGUUAUUAUCCGA